AUGGAGAUUCCGGUCCCCAAGCUGGAGACUUUCGGUCCGCAUCAAGGGCCGAAACAAUUUGUUUUGUGUUUUGAUGGGACGGGCAACAAGUUUGCAGGUGAUGCUUCGGAUACAAAUCUUGUUAAGAUUUAUCGCAUGCUCGAUCGCAGCCAGAGUCACCAGUACCAUUACUACCAGCCCGGUAUUGGAACCUAUGUCACAUCGCAUACCCUCGGCAGUAAAAACAGAUUGGAGCGCAUCAAAUCAUCGUACAAAAAAGCUAAAGAUGCGGCGCUGGGUUCGUCUUUCGACGAACAUGUUUUGGGCGGAUACAAGUUCCUUAUGCGUUACUAUGCACCAGGCGAUGAUAUCUACUUCUUCGGCUUCAGCCGCGGCUCCUACACCGCCAGAUUCUUAGCAGAGAUGCUUGACUACAUUGGUCUUCUACAGCCCGGCAACGAAGAGCUUAUUCGUUUUGCGUGGAAGACGUUUGCAAAGUGGCAGCAACGGCGUGACGCUACGGAGCACGACCACCAAGAAAGACAUAAGCUAUUCAGAUUUAUGAAAGCUUUUCGGGAGACCUUUAGUCGGCCUGUUAGCCGAGUCAAGUUCAUGGGGCUAUUUGAUACCGUGAACAGUGUUCCGAUGUUCGAGAAUGCGUGGAUGGAAAGGAGCAAGUUUCCCUAUACUGCGCAAAGUACCGCAAGAGUGAUUCGACACGCAGUUUCGAUCGACGAGAGGCGUGCAAAGUUUAGACAGGACUUAAUCUCUGAGGUGAAACCUUUGGUUCAAGCUCACGCGCAUACCCACAAGUUAAGACGCUUGCUGUCGCGAGACGAUGAUCACAAUAAGGCACACGUUCCCGAGAUAAUGGAGCCGCCAAACAACGAAGAAAGAAGAAGAGAGCGCCGAGCCUCGCGACAAGAAACUUAUGGCGAAGAAAUGAGGUACCGUGCACCAUCAUCAUCGCCAGCCCGAAGGCCUAGCGUCGUCGAAAUACCUACCCAUAACGGCCUCUUAACAGAUAGGAUCUCGCUCAAGAGCGCAGUAUCCCGGAACUCCCUUCGCGUCCCUAGUCUAAAUAUCCCGGGCCAAGAAGAAGACGAAGAUAAGCAAGAUAUCCAAGAAGUCUGGUUCCCCGGCCAGCACGGCGAUGUGGGCGGAGGCUGGAAGCUCAACCCGAACGACCUCUGGCCUCUAAGUCACAUCCCUCUAGUCUGGAUGGUGAAAGAAGCCCAGCUUGUAGGUCUUGAAUUUGAUCCCGAGAAACUCAAGCGCUUUCAUUGUUACGAAGAGCCGACCUACGAGAACCUCGGCUACAAAGAAACCACUAUAAACGGUGACAUUUCCGAAACCAACAAAGACCCUUUCCACGAAACCUACCACCGAACAAUGGACACGGGCAUUGCCCACGACUGCUUGACCUAUGGUGGUGGCCUCUCAUUUUUCUCCUCCCUCUCGUGGCGACUAAUGGAGUACAUGCCCUUCCGUCGAAUGGACCUCCAAGCAGAUGGAUCAUGGAAACCGAUUCGCUGGCCUCUGCCAUGCGGAGAAGUACGUGAUAUUCCAGAGAACGCACAGAUUCAUAUUUGCGCUAUUCAUCGCAUGAAGAUUGAUCCAAACUAUCGUCCGGGAAAUCUUAUUGUAGGCGGCUGGGGAAGGGGGGUUAAGAGGGCACCCGAGAAGUAUGGGAUUGGGGAGUGGGAUAUUUGCAUGCAUGAGGGAGAUCCCGUUAGGCAGACGUAUAUUAGAAAGAAAGGGGAGAGUGUUUGUCUCGAUGAGUCUCAUGUGAACUGA